AUGGGCGACCGGACAGGGCCAUCGUCUGAGGCCACUCCACUCCUGCGAGAUAAUCACAGCCAUCAAAACUCGCAGUAUCACAGCGUUACCCACCAUACACACGAUGUGGAAAGCAGUUCAUUCACCACAGAAGUCGACGAUGAGGCACUUUUCCCCAUUUUGUCACGAGUCCAAUCAACUUCCCAGGUCCUGGAUAUUGAACCAAAUCCAGACAAGCUUCCGUCCAUCCGCUCGGUCAAGAGAAGCAAUGCCUCUACUGACGCCGAUAGCAUUGAGGAAGAGGAUGAGAGCUAUGCUGCGCGAUUCAUCGAUGUCUCGCCCACCCGUUUCUGGCUGAUUUUCAGCGGUAUCAUGCUUGGGUAUGUGAUUGGCUUCUUUGAUUCGACUUUGAUGGCCUCGAGUCAUCCUGUGAUCACGUCCUAUUUUCACGCCGCAAAUGCGGCUUCAUGGCUGUCGACCGCCUUCCUGCUUACUUCGACGGCAUUCAUGCCCCUUUUUGGUCGCGUCUCAGAUACAUUAGGCCGUAAGCCAGUCUACCUAUUUUCCAUCGCUGUAUUCUUCUGCACUACCGCAUGGUGCGGCCUCGCUCAAAGCAUUGGCAGCUUCAUCGCUGCUCGGGCUCUUUGCGGUCUUGGUGCUGGCGGUGUAUUCUCCAUGGGCCAGAUCAUAUCAAGUGACCUUGUUCGCAUCGAAUAUCGCGGUAUCUACCAAUCGUACAUCAACUUGUGUCUGGGCACUGGUAGUUGUUUGGGUCUCGCCUUUGGUGGGUUUCUUUGUGAUAAAAUAGGCUGGCGAAAUGCAUUCCUCAUCCAACUACCUUGUAUCUUUGUUUAUUUCGUCUUGUCCGCCGUCAUGGUUCCGGCGGAUCUUGGAGUGAAGCGGGAAGGAUCUGACCGCAAGACACUACUACAGGUGCUUCGCGGUGUUGACCUGACCGGCUCUCUAUUCCUGGUUCUAUCGGUAACUGCUUUGAUCAUGGGAUUGAAUCUAGGAGGAAAUGUCUUCCCUUGGAAGCACCCGGUGAUCAUCGGCUCGUUGCUUGCAUCGGUUGUUCUGGCUAUCAUUCUAGUCCGGUACGAGCGGAACGUGCCCCUUCCAGUCCUGCCAACAGAAUUGCUAUCCAAGAAUCCUCGUGCAAGUAUUAUUUUUGGCAACUUUUUUGGGGCCAUGUCCGUCAAUACCAUGAUGUUCAACGCACCGUUGUAUUUCCAGGCCGUCAAGCUGGCUAGCCCAACGGAUUCUGGAUUUCGGCUCGUGGCUGCAUCUAUCGCUGUGACUCUUUCCAGUGUUGGCACCGGCUUUUUUAUCACUUGGUUGCGGAGAAUGAAACCGACUAUCAUCAUUGGCGGCAUUUGUAUGCUAUUGGGCGGAUGCCUAGCUGGCCUGAUGAACGUUGACACACCCCAGACACUUGCCAUGUUCUGUGUUUCUUUUAGUAGCCUUGGUCAGGGAUUUACUUUUCCCAGUCUUAUGGUCUCUAUUCUCGCCACCAGCGACCAUGCUGAUCAGGCAGUGGCUACUACGACUCUGGGGCUGGCGCGUAACCUCGGCUCCGUUUUGGGUGUUUCGAUUAGUAGUUGGAUCUUCCAAAACGUCCUGUACUAUACGCUCCAGCAUAAGGUCACCGGCGGAAACAAGGGAGAUAUCAUCGGUCUUGUGCGCAAGUCUAUCAGCAGUAUUGGUGACUUGGAUCCGGUGCAUCGAGAGCAAGUAAUUGGAUCGUACUCUAUUGCCCUUCGGUUCACUUUCUUUUCUGCGGCAGUCUGGGGAGCCAUCAUGCUGUGUCUACACCUCCGGCUUCGAUUGCCCCGGUUAGGACACAAGGCAUAA